AUGCAGGAUGAGUGGGAGAUUGUUGCCCGCGAGGAGAGGAUUCUUUUGGAACGAAGGGAAACCGAAAUCACCAAACAGCCCGGCCAACAACAGCAGAUGAGAUAUUCCACAUCGAACUUGUUUGAGGAGGUGCCAGAAGUUUUCAGGCCAGUGACUGUAAGUGGCCAUAAGAUUGAAACAGUACAUCGAGUUUCUUCUCCCAACCCUGGAGAGCAAGAAACGAAUGUCAACGAGCCUCUUCUACAAGGUGUCGGCCACCAAGAACAUCCGCAAAACUCAAGUGAAGGUGCAGCUUCCCACAAUAAGCCUCGACAACCAGGCUACGCUCCCCUCAAAUUGGCAGUGAGGAAAUCAUCGCCCAUAGGUUCUGCCUUGAAUCCAAUCACUAGGAGGAGCAGCUUGGCAGAUCUCGGGGGAAGGUCGAGCGACUCAAAACUCUCUCAAAGGAGUGCCACAAACCCAGCCCGUCCGAAUGCUCUAGUUUCACCAAUUAGAUACCCAUCGCCUAAUUUCUUGAGCUACAGGUCGAAAGAAAAGGAAAUCGACGGAAUACUGGAGAUGCCAGCGGGGUUUGGCACAAUAAAAGAAGAAGCAACGAGUGAGGAUUUUAGUCCAUCUAUCCGUUCGGAUGUUGGGGUAAAGUCUUUCGGCUUGGGAUCCAUAUACUCGGGCUCUUCCCUUCGUCAAGGACGCAGUGACACCAGGGCCGACGAACCUGUCAGUGUUUAUUAUGGGUACGAGGAUAGGCCGCAACAUCAUCGGCUUUCAGACUUUUCCCGGUCUCGUCCAUUGACGCCGGAGCUCAAUGGCACUCAGGUGGCUAGAUUGGACGGUGUUGCAGGAGGGCUUGAUAGUGUCGAUGAAGAUGAUGGAAAUGCGGAGGACUGCAACUGUGGUUUGAAUACUCGACAGGCAGAUAUUGGGGAAUGUGGAGAUCAGAUGCAUGGCCAGGAAUUAUUUGCUCAAUUAUCAACACCAACACCGGUACUUCGGCGCUUUUCCAUUAGCCCCUCAGAGCAUGACAGCUGCAAUUCCCAGGUGCCAAAUUCUACUUCGGAAAUAACACAUCAAGAUGAUGGCGUGAAGGCCCCCAGGCCCCUCGGACGAGCUGAGUCUUUGAUAAGAUACCUGGUUGACGUUGAUAAGUUUUUGAAUAUUCCGACAGGAUGGGCCAAAGAUUCAUCCAAUAUUCCGAGAGGACAGUCCACCGACCCGUCAAAUGACUCGUUCAAGAGUAUCAUAGAGGUCUCGAGAGGUUCGGAUGUUGUGAAAGAAGAUGUAGUCGAGGACUGUUUGCCAAAGGGUUGCACUGAUCUGUCCGACAACAGUACAGGUACUCUUGAAGGUGCCAACAGUCCUAUCGUUGAGGAUAUCAUGGCUCCCGAGACUGCAUACAGUUUGCAACGCGGCGAAUCUUCUGCCACCGAGUUUGCUGGCUCCACCUCGAAAACCCUCGAUAGCAUAGCUGAUGAUUGGAUCGAAGUAAGCUCCCCAGAGACCUUUCCAGCCAGCCUUGGAUCGGCCAACUCAAGGGCUGCUGGACAAUCUACGCCUGAUAAGGAUUUGCUGUCAUCAGAAUGCGACUUCAUCUCCGCAGAGCAGCACAUGUCGGAUGUAUACCAUGUUACACAUGAGACCAUGGACGAGGGUCAUGUGUUAGUAUCGUUGACACCUGAAAUUGAAACGGAAGCUGGGAAUUCUCAUGACCAGGAAAGCUGUAGCAUACCAGACGCCGCAGCCGCCGAAACCAAGGCAAAAUCCGACGAGCAAACAGCCGCCGAAACUACGACGCAGUCCUACCAACCAACGACAGCCGCCAGCCCUUCGAAUACCAAAGUGGAAGACCAAACCUCCAAGGUCUCUACUUCGCAGCCGACUGACAAAUUUGAAAAUCCAAUGGGGAUGAGAAAAAGGUCAAAGAAAUCUCGGAAUAGAAGGAACCGAAAAAUACGUGUCGCGUCAGAAGCAGCAAAGGCUAAGCCGUAG